GGCCAAGGAGUUUUCAAGGGAGUCAUUUCUGCUGUUGGUAAGUAAAUUGUAAUUAUUAUUUUAGAAAAUGAUUGUUAAAGUUUGAAUUGAGGUAUCGAGGACGCAGCUGGAGCCAAAAACAAAAUCUUGUACUCUAGAUGCAUGUAACAGACAAACUGUCUAGACGGACAUGCAUGACAUAGAGUUCUGUCUAUUAAGGCACUAAGGAGGAGAUGAGGAAGCUGGAGCUGGAGCGGGGAGAGCAAGAGAGUGAGGAGGUUGAGAACUCUGCACUGAUUGAGAAGCAACAGAAAUUUGCUGCCAAGAACAGACAGGGAAAGAAGAGAGGGAGGGGUGAACAUGAUUCAGUGACGAAGAAGAGAAAGAGUCAGGGAGGAAUGUUUAGAAUGGUAAUUGUCACUGAGCAUGGCGCCAUGUCUGAUGCUGCAGCAAAUGAAGGGGAAAUGCCAGCUGAA